AUGCCUGCUAAGAAAAAGGCCGUCGAAGAGAAAAAGCCCCUCCUAGGACGUCCUGGCAACACUUUGAAAAUUGGGAUUGUCGGUCUUCCAAAUGUGGGUAAAUCCUCUACAUUUAACCUCCUUUCGAAUCUUUCAGUCCCUGCUGAAAAUUAUCCAUUCUGCACAAUCGAUCCUACUGAAGCUCGAGUCCCUAUUCCAGAUCAAAGAUUCGACAGACUCUGUGAAAUGUAUCAGCCAAGGUCACGAGUCCCAGCCAUUCUUUCAAUCACUGACAUCGCAGGACUUGUCCCAGGAGCUUCUGAAGGCGCAGGUCUUGGCAAUGCAUUUUUAUCACAUAUAAACGCAGUUGAUGGCAUUUUCCAUGUCGUCAGAGCUUUUACAGAGGCAGACGUCAUCCACACUGAAGGAGAAGUCGACCCUAUCAGAGAUCUUGAUAUUAUUAGAAAUGAACUCUGCUUAAAAGAUCUUGAAAGAUGCAACCAAAAAAUCGAAGACGUAGAAAAGCAGCUUAAAAGAGCCAGAACCAAAGAAUUGGCUGAUGAGAUGGAAAUUUUGGUAAAAAUCAGAGACAUGCUGAAUAACCAUCAAAUGCUAAAAGACGGAGAAUGGCAUACCAAAGAAAUCGAAGUCUUGAAUUCUUGUUUAUUUUUGACUGCAAAGCCUAUGGUUUAUUUGGUGAACUUAAGCACAAAUGACUAUCUCAGAAAGAAAAAUAAAUGGCUCGCAGGAAUAGGGAAGUGGGUGAACGAGCAUGGCGGCGGAGAUAUUAUUCCUUACUCCAUAGAAUUUGAGCAAGCUGUUUUUGGAAUGGAUCCAGAUGCCAAAGCUGCCUAUUUGCAAGAAAAUAACGCCAUUUCGAUGAUUCCAAGAAUUUUGAAAACCGGAUAUAAGUCUCUUCAGCUAAUUCAUUAUUUUACAGCUGGAGAAGAUGAGGUAAAAUGCUGGACCAUUAGAAAAGGCACCAAAGCUCCACAGGCAGCUGGAGUUAUUCAUACAGAUUUUGAACGAGGGUUCAUUUGUGCAGAAAUCAUGAAAUAUGAUGACUUGGUCUCGUUAGGAAAUGAAAAUAACGUCAAAGCAGAAGGAAAACUAAGACAAUGCGGGAAAGAUUACGAAGUAGAAGACGGAGAAAUUAUUUAUUUCAGAUUCAAUGUAGCUCCUCAAGGGAAAAAAUAA